AUGGCAGCUCCGCCUUUAGGCAUCCCCCGAGAAGAAGGAGCCCCGCACAAUUUAAAAAGCUAUCUCCUCGACUUCACGAAGUUCCGGGAGGAACACCCGGACCUCUCGCCCGAUGAAUGUGCGAACAUGUUCUCUGGGGUAGUGACUGGGGGCCACAGUGCUGUCCCGGUUCGUGGUGAAUCUGUGAGUAGUGAUUUGAGAGCAGUCAACCGCAAGACAGGUUCAUGUCCCGGGGGGAAUCAACCGCCAGCGCCUCCUCUCGAGAGCCAGCAAAUGUCUUAUUCUAAUUCGGUAAACAUUUGUCUCCCCGCAGAUCGGAGUUGCUGUGCUGUGGGAACCUGUAUUUGUGUGCUGAGAGAAAGUGUGAUAACACAGACAUCUUCAUAUCCGGGAGCCGCUCCCACCACACAGCAGACCUUUGCCUUCAUGUCUGGCAGAUCUCCCCACCAAUUUCAGGUCUCGAAUUCGGUGACAUGUCGCCCUGCCCCCCUGACCACGCCCCAAAAAACUCCACAACCUACUCUUGAGGAUAUUCAAUCAAUGUUCAAGCGUGGGGACGAAAGCCUCGCCCUCUCCGGCUUUUUCAGCCAGGAAGAUAGUUCUGAGCCAUUCCAUCUACUCCGGCAUUCGGUCAGUAGCACUCCCAUGACCUGCGGCGGUUCUGCGGAUCAAGACUACUCAUUCACCUUGGCCGGCUCGCCGGGCAUAUGCGCACCCCGUAUGCAACCCCAGUUAUCUAGCUCCCCCUCCGGGUGCUACGCAGGGGGCGACGAGAGCUGCCUCGGGAACCCAGGGUUGCUCUCCUUUCCGAUGACCCGCCAUUCCCGAAGCUACUCGGAUGCGUCACACAUGAGCCGGAGUUCCUACCUUUCGUCUCAAGGGGAGUCUACGUCUCCCACCGACUGCUUCCCCUACCCGCAAAAUUCCUGGGCCCCCAUGAGCCGCCAGGCUAGUAACGCCAGUUUAACAAACGGAACAAUGAUGCUCAGGCUCUCGUCAUCCACCGGGAACUCUACAUCUGGGAAUGGUGGUGGGGAUUACGGCGCUUUCUGUAGCCGAGGGGACAUGGACACAAUGCUUAAUGGUGUUGGGCCUCCCGCAGGCGACGCCGGACUCUCAUUAUCAUUAGACAAGGCCACAGGCCAACACAUGCUAAAGCGGCCUUCCAGCACGAGUGUGGAAGAUCUUGAUCGCUCACUGGCCCUCACAGUAGAGCACGAGAUGCAAAGGGAUCCGUCGACCGCAUCGGAGGGUGUAAAGUCACGGAGGCCCAAGCGGGUGAAGGAGGAAGCAGAUCCCGCGGCUGCGGUUCAGGGUGAGGUGGCUUCCGCCGCGACCGCCACAGGGCACGGGGCGCUGGAAAGUGGAAAGCAGGGACGCCAGGCCCAGCGCAAGGGGGACUCGGGAUCACCCGCUAAUCACCGGAAUCCGACCACCACUGAUAAAACAACUCGGCACGAAUCUAUCGAAAGGACGGAAACAACGGGAAACCUCCCUGCCGGCGGUCGAGUGUUGGCAGCGUCAAAAACGGGCAAGUCCGGCCCCAAAGACGCAGCGGUCCCGGCCGCAAAGCCUAGCUACGUUCGACCCUCGCAACCAAGGGUGCACUGCAAGUAUUGCAAUGAUUGCCCCGAUGGGUUUCGGGGUGAUCACGAGCUCCGCCGUCACACGGAGCGUGAACACACCCGCCUUCGCAAGAUGUUCGUCAUCAAGGAUAUCUCCCUGGAUGGUCAGUUUCUGGCCAAGUGCAAGGUGUGCCAAUCCGGGAAGAAGUACGGGAUCGACUACAAUGCCGCAGCGCAUCUGAGGCGGCAGCACUUCGACCGGGAGGCAAAGGAGGGCGCGAAAAAAAAGAAGAUGACUUUUAACGCUUCUACCCCCGAUAUGGCAACCUUGCGGAAAUGGAUCGAAGAAGUCGAGGUAGAAGUAGAAGACGGGGAAUACCCCUCAGAAGAGCAGGCGGAUGAUGCGCACGAGAGCGUUAACAAUGAACCCACUAGCGCUGAGGAAAGCGAGAAGGAGGAUGACAUAUCGCGGGUAUCCAACCCAGAGAAUACCGCCGUUGGAAAUAGUACGGCACCGGUGGCGGUGGCCCAAGACGGGGCACUAGGUAUCUCGGGCAUUCCCAUGCAGCAAGAUCCUUUCGCGGGCGCCGCGUGGGAGCAGCCCGCCAAUUGGUGCGAGAGCGGCAAUGUCUUCGAUCUGUCCCAUAAUUACGCGGUUCAAUAUUCUGUCACUGGUGGCUCGAUACGGCUGGCGGAUGCCCUGAAUCCUCAAAAUAAUGCGGCCGAAGAGCAAAGCGGCAUGUCACUACCCCAACAGCAAUUAUUAUUUCAUUUGCAGCCGUCGGCGGGCGGAGAGACCGCUAGUACAAUCUUCGGCAAUCUCCCGGGCCCUGCUGCCGCUAAAGAUACCGCAGGAAUGUUCGACACUUGUGGUAACGAUCUAACAACAAUGAUUCCGGACCCCGAUCCCAUUUUUGAGGUAGAGGACUUA